AUGAAGAGGCAUUGGCGUGUCACCCAUGGCCGUUCCGGAGCUAGCCGCAAGGGUCGUCCCCGCAAUGACUUGACAGACGCGAAUGGGCACAAAUUUGAUGAACUCACCUCCAAGGUUGCGUACCAACAGGUGUUGGCCCAGGACACAGGCAGUCAUUACGUCUUGAUCGAGAACUAUGAGCUUCCCGAUCCCGCCGCGGAGGUGGCUCGUGAGGCUGGUCAGCGCCAGGCCGGGUUGAACAUCCUCCAAACGCUGUACCAGCAGCACAAGCAGCCCGUCAGCGUUGAACAUCCUCCAAUGGUUUCAUCCCACUGGCCGGCUUCGGUGGUGGUGACGGGCUGCUUGUGCUGCUGGUACAACGUUUGGAGCAUGUUCAAUCCGGCCUGGCGCUGA